AGUCUCAACCGCAAAUCAGUUUCUAGUGUCUGGUUAUUCCAGUCAACAUCGAUAUUAUUUAUUGUGCAUGCUCUCCAAAUAAGAACAUGAUAUUACCGUUUGACAUGACUUGUGGAUUAUGUCUAGCCUCAUUCUUUGAGCACCUUGUUACAAAUGGCGCUGAAACACAUUAUGGUACACGAUUCGCGUGCCAAUGGCUGUAACGGCUUCUUUGUCUGAGCCUUGUGAGGAUUUGAGUACAACAGAUAUUAACAGCGACAGUUCAUUUGAGUCAACCAAAAAUAUUCUGAAAAAAAAUUCUUUAGAUUCUAAGCAAGUCAUAUCCUCUAGAGUGAAUGUUUUUCCCAAAGAAUCUGUUGUCAUAUGUGAAGAAAAAAAUACUGAUAUAAAUAGUAAUAGUGAGGAUGAGCUUCUUCCAGAGUUAAAUUACAAAAAGAAAACAUCAGAUACAGUGUUAGUGUUAAAUAGAGACAACCAGGACAGCAAUGACAUAAUAGAAAUAGAUAACAUACAUUCUACAAUAUUAAAAUUGAAUAAUAAUAAUUCAAAAUUUGAAACAAAUAAAGUUAUUCACACUGACAUGAAUGAUAACAGCCCGACAUAUUGUAUGUCUUCUGAUGAUGAGAAUGAAAUUAGUAUUCAUACUUAUCCUACUCAAAAACCAAAAUAUAUCAAAACAAACACAUGUUAUUCUCAUGAAUCAAGUGACGAGGAGCUUCCUGAUAUUGACAUUGAGAUUCCAUCUCUUACUGAAAGAUGUAAAAUGAAAUCGCGAUCUGUAUUAGAAAUGAUUGAUAAUAGUUUUGAACCACCGGCAGUAAAUAACAGCCCAUCAUACAGCAGUGUUUAUUCUGAGGAUAGUGUCUCAACUACAUGUACAACUAUAUCAGACAUCACCGAUGGUCAAGCUACGAAAAAAAGGAAAAGAACACCUGAAGAAAUUGCAGAAAGUAAAAGACAUGCAAUUAAUAAGAAAGAAGAACGACAGAGAUUAAAAGAUGAAAAGAAGGCACAAAAAGACAGAGAGGCUCAGAUGAGAAAAAUAGAAUCAGAGAAUAAGAAAUCCUUUCGACCAGGAGAUUGUUUAAAGAAAAUAACAGUUAGUAUUGAUCCAGGUAUUAUUAAUACAAAUGGUAAUGGUGGACCUAUAUUUAAAGCUUUUGAUGAUCUUGGUGUCAAGUGUGAAACAAUGCCUCAGUCUAUACCAAACUCUGUUAUUUGGAAACGAGAAAUAAUAGAAUGUUCACAAGAUGAUAUGACAGUAAAACAUACUACAGAAGAAGAUAUGUUGAUUAUGAUACCCUUAGAAGAUUUUAUAGCUAUGAUAAAAACUUAUUCACAGAAACAAAAAGGUGAUAUGUCAUCUGGUGUAACGUUAACUGAGUUUAUACAGAGUCUUCAAUGUGCUUUUAAUAAUCAUUUAUUUACAUUUUUUGUUCAUGGUGUUGAGAAAUAUUUCAGUGAUUUAAAACUUAUCAAAAAACAGAAACAUAAAGAAGCUGUGAUGGAAACUGGUACAAGUGAUGCCUCACGCUCUAGAAGAAGAAAGAUGGCUGUUGAUACUAUUGUCACUCAACUUGAAAUAGAAGAGGCAAUGGUGGAAACCCAAUUAUUAACCAGUUGCAUGAUCAAGUUUAUGAACAAUAGUCAACAAAUUGCAGACCUUAUUAGAACAUUUACAAAAGCUGUAGCUGAAAAACCUGCCAAACAGGGCAGAUUAGAGAAUGUGUUUAAUUUUCUGGAAGAAGGAACAGCUGGAGUAAAAGUGGAUAAAAAUGGUCAGGGUUUAUUAAAAGUAUUUAAACAUCAAUUGAUGCAGUUUAAAAAUCUGGGACCAGACAUGGCUGAUGCUAUAUUAGGUGUUUAUCAAUCACCUAGAUCAUUAUUACAGGCGUAUGCUAAGUGUCAGACAGAAAAGGAAAGAGAAAGAUUAUUAGAAAAUAUAAUGGUGAGAAGAGGAGGUGGUGUUCUAGCUACCAAUAGAAGAGUUGGUAAAGAAAUGUCAAGAAGAAUAUUUUUAUUUUUAACCUGUAGAGAUCCAAACUUUGUUAUAAAAUGAAAUUCAUCAUACUACAUCAACUUAUUUAAUAUUAGAUAGAAUAAGAAAUUUUAAUAGCAAUUUAAUUUGUAUAUAAUUCAUUUAUAAUUUUUAUAUGGAUAACAGCUAUAUUUGUUAAUGCAUAAUGAA